ACGUGCUGCUCUUUCUCUCCAAGGAUUGCUGCGGAUUCUCUCGGUGGGUGCAGGGAAGCCUCGCGUCCGGCGUGGAGACGCUACUGUUGAGAAGCCUAGCGUUGGCCAGACAAGGUAGCCGACUUCUUCGUCUGAGACACAUUUGUGGACCUACAAUGCCAAAACGAGUGAAGAAGGAAGAAGAAGAGAUCCUUCCAGCGGAGGAAGGGACCACAGAGCCAGAGCCUAAAAAGGCGAUGGGCGAUGCACCAAAACCAGAGAAAGAGGCCGAUGGGCCAAUCUUGUACCAAGAUCCUCCUGAUAAGCUCACUACACCCAGUGACAAAAAAUACACUAUGAAGAUCACAUCCUGGAACGUAGAUGGCAUCCGAGCCUGGUUCAAGAAGAAGGGCCUGGAGUGGGUGACUGAAGAGGAUCCUGAUGUGCUGUGCUUACAAGAAACAAAAUGUACAGAAAAACAGUUGCCUGCUGAGAUUCGGGAUCUGGCCGAAUACCCCCAUAAAUUUUGGGCCUGUUCUACUGACAAGGAAGGCUACAGCGGCGUGGCUAUGCUCUCCAAGAACAAGCCUCUAGAUGUCACUUAUGGGAUAGGUGAAGAAGAGCAUGACAAAGAAGGCCGGGUUAUCACAGCGGAGUUCCCCUCCUACUUCCUGGUGACCGCCUAUGUGCCCAACGCCGGUCGGGGACUGGUGCGCCUGGAGUACCGCCAACGUUGGGAUGAGGCCUUCCGCUCUUACCUGGAAGGCCUGGUUGCCCGCAAGCCGCUUAUUCUGUGCGGCGACCUCAAUGUAGCUCACCAGGAGAUCGAUUUGAAGAAUCCCAAGGGAAAUAAGAAGAAUGCGGGCUUCACUCCAGAAGAGCGGGCUGGUUUCACCCAACUGCUGGAAGCUGGCUUUGUCGACACUUUCCGGCAUCUCUAUCCUGACACCCCCAAUGCCUACACUUUCUGGACAUAUAUGAUGAAUGCCCGGGCUAAGAAUGUGGGAUGGAGGCUUGAUUACUUUGUAAUCUCCAAAGAGCUUCUGGAAGGUUUGUGUGACAGCAAGAUCCGCUCCUCAGCCUUGGGGAGUGACCACUGCCCCAUCACCCUCUAUGUGGCCGUGUAACCCAUGCAGACAAGGCCCAGCCCUAUUGUAGCUUCAGUGGGAAAAGAAAAAGUUAAAAUUAUGUCUAUGACU